AUACUUGCGUCGUCUCCAACAAUUCCAACAACUUGCAGUCACCACGCAUCGCCCGCCGACGACGCAGCCGACCACUUCCACACCAACUCACCAACUUCCACCAAGAAAACAGCGUUUUAUGUGUGGAAGCGCAUAGUGUUGAAAAAAUAAUUCACCAGCGGAUGUUCGCGCGCGAUAAGUGCCGCAAUUUAUUACACCGCGCCAAAACCGAACACGGCAUGAACAAUACAUCUACAUAAAACUCGCUUAUUACUUAUUACUUUGUUACACUUAUGGCACUUGUUAUAUUUUGUUGACGCUUGGGGGAAUUAUGUGCGAUUACGAGACGUUGUUUCACGCCUGAUUGAUUUGAUUCACAAAGUGUUCAACAACGUGAGACAAUUGCCACUGGUCCACAAGCAGCGCAAGCACCCAAAGUACUUCAACGCGUGAAGUACGACUUGAAAUUCAGCGCACGAAACCGCAGAACCGCGUGUGGUCGUUCACGGUGCGUCAGAAACGGACACACGGAAGUUAAUAAUUAAUUAGACUCGGCGCUGAGAAGCGAGAAACUACAAAACAGAAGACAACUGCAACUGUUCAACAGAUACGCAGUCCGUGCCACCCUCCCACCAAGUCUUAGUAAAUGUUGGCACCGUUGAAAAACUUCGACGAAAAAAAGUACAAAGGCCAACGGAUGACAAAAAUGCGCUCGAGAAAAAAGUAAUCCACUGAUCUAAUAAGCGAUCGAGCAAAUUAGCAGCAAUCUACGAUCAAAUUAAUUCCACAAAGAUCUUCACCGUCAAAUAUCAAUUGAAUAAUGACGACAACUGAAGCCUACACUACAAAUUACACACUGGUCGAGGACGCCUUCGACGACAGCCAUGAUUACCAAAAAGAAGAACUGAAUCUCUUCUACGCCAUAUCAGAGAUUCUAGUCGCUUCACUAGCAGUCGUUGGGAAUGCACUAGUAAUACUAGUUUUCCGCAAAGAGCGACGUUUAAGACGCCGGACGAAUUACUACAUUGUAUCAUUGGCAGCUGCUGACUUCUUAGUAGGGUUAUUAGGUAUACCCUUUGCCAUCAUGUCAUCAGUUGGUCUACCGACAAAUCUCUACGCGUGUCUCUUCACCGUCUCACUCCUGGUGGUAUUAUGCACAAUAUCAAUCUUCUGUCUUGUUGCGGUCUCCGUCGACAGAUACUGGGCCAUUUUACAUCCGAUGGGAUAUUCGCGGAAUGUACGCACUAAAACUGCACUCGUGAUCAUAAGCAUCUGUUGGUUUGCUGGAUCCAUCAUAGGCUUCCUCCCGCUGAUGGGCUGGCAUAAAGGCCCUGCUGAAAACGGACGCUGUUUCUUCCUCGGAGUGAUGGAUUACAACUAUCUGGUGUUUCUUUACUUUGGUACUAUCAUCACUCCUGCACUCCUCUUGGCUGUAUUCUACGCUCACAUUUAUCAUGUGGUCUUGAAGCAGCUGCGUCAAAUUGUGACGAUAAAUCCAUACAACGGCAACUCUCGCGGACAAAACUCGAGCCGCUCCACAGGUGGUGGCACAAUGUUGCGCGUGCUGGGGGCGGCACAAAAACGCGAAGUGAAAGCCACACAAAAUCUUUCCAUUAUCGUGCUCUUCUUUAUGAUCUGCUGGAUUCCCCUGUACACGAUUAAUUGUAUCCUUGCAUUCUGUCGCGAUUGCAAGGUGAACUCGACGUUUGUCCUUUCGUGCAUCAUCCUCUCACAUCUCAACUCCGCUGGUAACCCGCUACUCUACGCCUAUCACUUGAAGGACUUCCGCGCUGCGCUCAAGGCUUUCAUCUGCAACAUUUUUGGAAUAAAGCUGCAACAACCACCGAAUAGUAAUGCGCUCAAUAAUAACUUUACUCACUAUCGUCUGCAAAGUAUACGUGAGGCACACAGUGCUAUGUCUUUGAGUCAAGCAUCUAGAUUUGUUUGUGAGAGUCAAAUGCGUUCUCAAACUCUACCACACACAUUACCAUCGGCGAAUAAAAUCUCUUCACUUGUAGGUAACUCUGUUGCCUUAGCAGCGGCUACCGCUGAAGCAAGUCGAGAUAUAUGGCGUAUUUCAGAAAUAUCCGAUGAACAACAACGCAGGUCCAUUAGUUCAAUUGAUGAUGAUUGCAAUGAUGAGGUGUUUCUCCCGUCGGGAACCGCGCACAGGCGUUAUCACUGACGCUGAGUCUCAACCCGAGCUUGAACGUGAGCGGGACGGUGUCGCCGUCAUCACCGCAAUUAUAUCUCGUUGAGCACGGCGUCAGCGAGCAUAAUUUACCAGGAUUUACGACCGCUCCGGCCGCGGAGAUGAAACCGGAGAGUCAAGGUAGCACCGGCGGUAAUCUGACCAUCACUGGGGACUUUAUCCACAGCCCAGCAAAAAGUGUUAAGCUUAGUCCUUUCAAGGGACUGCUUGCACGCCCACCGCCACGAAGUUGCUCUCUUAGUGAGGAAGGUGAAGGCGUGCGACACCGCAACAAUGGUUACCUUACCGAAAAUCAUUCGUGCACUUGAACUUCAACUUGAUGUUUCGAACAAAGAAUUUUAAUGUAUUGUUAAAUAAUACUCAAUGCCAAAUAUGUAAAACGUAUAUUUUUGCUAGUCGUUAGAAUUGUAACUAAACUUGUAACGCUGUUCGCAUGUUUUGCAUUUCUACCUCGUUAUCAUCAUAUGACAAUGAAGAGAAUACUCACCCCAACUUAUACUAUGUAUUGUCUGUACAGAUUAAAUAAUUAUUUGUGUAAAAAGCUA